CGUUAGUGAAGCCGUGUAGGUUUGGCAGAAGAAUCUAAGAAAAAGAGGGACUCGGUUUACAAGUUUGAAUCUUGAUCAUCGCACAACAACAAGAACAAGGUUCAGGAAAAUGGGUCAAGCUGAAAGCGCAGAAAUCCCCACUCAAACCACCCCAACAACCAAUUCUUCUCACCCUGCUUCCCUUGAAUCUGUUCUUGCAGAGGCUGCAGCAUAUGGAAACCAAGACACUGAGUCUGUUGAGGCAAUGGCUCAGAAAGCUCUCCAAUGCCCUUGUAUUGCUGACCUGCGAACUGGUCCCUGUGGGUCUCAAUUCUCAGAAGCAUUCCUCUGUUUUCUCAAGAGUAACAGUGAAGAAAAGGGCUCGGACUGUGUAAGUCCAUUUGUUGCUCUGCAGAGCUGCAUCAAGGCCAAUCCAGAUGCAUUCUCGAAGGACAUUCUAGGCGAAGAUGAAAGCACAGAGUCGGAGCCUGUCCAAGAUUACAAAAUACUUCCUCCCAAUUGGUCUAAGGAAUCUCAAAGUUCAGUGUCCAAACUUUAAAGGAAGAGUUGAACUUUCUCCUUAACAAGGCAAAUUUCUUUUUCCUCACAGUUUUGGGAUUGCACGUCAAAUGCUUAAACCUUUUAUCACAAUAAUUUGACAUCCUAGGUUCAUAGUUUUAGUAUGUAGUCUAUGAAUGUUGAUAUUGAUUCAAUGUCUGCAUGGCGGUGAAAGAAGAGAACUGCCUCUAAAUGUCAUAUGAUUGAUGUUUAGUCUGAGACUAGAACGAAUUAAAAUGCUGUAUAGACUUUAAUCCAUAAGUGAACCACAUGAAAAUUCAUUAGAAGAAAAAGGGAUGCAUAUUUACAAUCUA